AGUCUACAACGUGGAAACUGGGAAACUGAAGAAGAGUUUGAAGGGCUCGAGCAGUGAUGAAGGCUCUCUGCUGAAGGUCCAGAUGGAUCCUUCAGGGUCCUUCUUCGCCACCAGCUGCUCUAAUAAAAACAUCACCAUCUUUGACUACGAGUCAGGAGAAUGUGUGGCCAACCUGUUCGGUCAUUCAGAGAUCAUCACCUGUAUGAGGUUCAGUCAGGACGGCAGACACCUGAUCUCUGUGUCAGGAGAUGGCUGUGUGUUUGUGUGGAGGCUGGACCCUCACAUGACGAGCAUCAUGAGGAGGAGGCGUGGCCUCAGAGCGGCGGAGCCGACCAUCAGGAGGGAGACCUUCAUCACGGCGCCUUCAGCUCCCCUGCUUCACAUGGAUGAAGACGAGCAGGACGGGUUGGACCUCAGCACUCCAGGAAGACCAGACCCAGAUCCUCGUGAGGACCUGGUGCCUCUCAGAUCACCUGAAGCCGCUCCGCUGCUGCACACCAACGGGAAGCUCCCCAUGUGGUUCAGAAAACUGGCUCAAGGUGAGGACUCCGUCGUCCAAUCAGACGCUGAGCCUCGGCCGCUGCGGAGCCGGUGGGCGGAGCAACCAAAGCCCCUGAUCCUCUGCGCCACCUCUACCCCGAGUCCCAGCAGGAGUCAGGAGGAGCAGGAGGAGGAGCAGGAGGAGMAGGAGUUUCAUCCUCAGAGUCUGGAGGAGCUGCUGGCUGAUGAAGAGGAGGAGGAAGAGGUGCUGCAGACAGGUGAAGGCACCUUCAUCCUGCACCCAGGCACAAGCUCCGCCCCCUCCCACAGAGACUUCAGGGUGGAGGGUGUGGCCUGUCCUCAGGGGGCGGAGCCUGUGUGGAGGGCUCAGCUGAGUCCGGACUCUGCGUGUUCUGAGGGUUCCACAGGAAGUCUGGAGCAGCAGCAGGACCCGGACACAGACUCUCUGAGUCAGGGCAGCUCUGUGGGCAGCUUGGGUCCAGAGGAAGACGAGGACAGGAACUCUGUGAAGAACCACUUUGAGACUCUGGAAGAACACUUCGACACCGACCCGGCGACCCUGCAGCCUCCAGAGGAGAAGCACUUCCUGAACCCUCGCCUCAGUAUCUCCACCCGCUUCCUGUCCCGCUUCCAGGACCGAGUCAGGGCGUGGCCUGUACGAGCUCCGCCCCCCGCCUCUGUCCCAGGCAGGAUCUCAGAGGAGAGCGUGGGAUCAGUAAACAAAGACGAUGUCAUCCCGCCCUCUAAAGGUCCGACCCAGAGGAGCAGCAGGCCUGCAGCCAGGGCUCAGCAGAUCCUUCGUAGGAGGACUUCCUGUGGGACCACCCWGCAGCGCCCACCCCCACAGAGACACCGCACUGCGCUGCCGGUCCAGUGCAGGAGGACUCUGCAAGACCUCCCCUCCAGGUCUCUGGACAGCAGUGUCUCUGAGGCUUCAGUCCAGCAGGACCCACCUCAGCUCAAAUACCUGGAGACAUCUGGACCGAGUCCAGAGACCCCCACCUCCUCCCAGGAGGAGAACCAGGAGAACCCCUCCUCCUCCUCCUCAGACCCUGCAGGGGGGGUUCAGACCAGCAGUGGGGUAUCAGCUGGUCCAAACACUCCCACUGAUGAAACGGACCCCCGAGACCAGAACAGCAGCCUUCAGGUGUUGGCCACGCCCACUCAGGUGACGUCACAGAGCAGCUAUCACAGGUGGAGCAGCAGCACUGAGACUCUAAUGCAAAGCCCCGCCCCRUCGACCACGCCCACCUCCUCCGGCUCAGUGGAGGGGGCGGGUCCAGUUGUAGACAAGACCAGAAUCCAGACGGGUCCAGCUGAUGCCCCGCCCACAUUGUCCUCACCUCUGACAGAGAGGCUCCGCCCCCCUCGACUGGACGACAGCACUCGUCCAGGUAACUUCCUGUUUCCUGUCUCAGCUGCUGGCGGUGAUGGAGGUCUGAGUGUUUGUUCAGGUGGAGACGAAGGUGAGGAAGAGGAGCGGCUCAGAGUCCAGCAGGUCAGCAGAGAGCUCCGAGAGACGGUGGGCCGGGCGGUCCGUCUCUUCCAGCAGCUCAGCCAGUCGGAUCAGCGCCAGCAGAACCUGUCCGUCCUGCAGGAGGCAUUUGACCAUGUUUACUCUGAGCUGCUGAUCGUGAUGCAGCCGGGUGGUGGGCGGAGCCUUGGUGGGUGGAGCCCUGACAGCGCCCCCUCUGCUUCGCUGCAGGAUGACGAGACGAARUCUCUGCUGGAGAAAUACUCAGACCUGCUGAUCCAGAUGACCCAGAACAAAAUGAACCAGAUCUGAACCAGAACCGGAGACUCCAUCCGGCUGACAGCAGUAUUAAAACCAAACGCACCUUAAGUUUUACUCUUAUUUUAAACAUGUUUGUUUUUUACAGAAACUGAUUUUAAAUGUUUAAUAAACUUUGUUUUUCUUAAAA